AUAAAAUUUGAUUUGUUCAAUUUAUAAUUAGAUUCUCACCAUAGAUUCCCAUUUUCCAUUUUAAUAUCCAAAACAAAAGAAAAAAAAUUGAAAAGGGGUUUGUUUGUCUAAAUUUAAAAUUAGUGGGCGAACCACCUAACACAGAACGCCAUUACCCAAAUUAAUUCAUUGGUCAAAAAACAACAACUACAUACAAGAUUGAGAUUCAGAUUGCGAUUUUCAGGAUUCAAUCGAGUCGAGUGGAGUCGAAAGGGAUCGAUCAAGCGCUAAAAUCGCUUCGAAAUUUGGAGGUGUUUCGGAGUUGGACAAAAUAAAUAAGCGAUAAUGGAGAACAAUCUCGUACAACCGUUGAUUGCUGCAAUUAUUUCAGCUGCAAUUGCUGCCCGAUCGUAUAGAAAGAAGUCCCUCGACUUUUCGGGAGCUAUUUCUGGUUUUGCAGUCAUGACUAUUCACAUUGCCGUCAAUUACAGGUUCGGGGCGGUGUUGCUUGUCUUCUUUUUCACUUCUUCGAUGUUCACAAAAUUUGGAGAGGACAAAAAGCAAAAAGUCGAUGCCGAUUUCAAGGAGGGUGGUCAACGCAAUUGGAUACAAGUUAUUUACAACAGUGGCAUCGGAACGAUUCUAGUCUUGACUGUUUGGACAGUAGCGGGCAGCGAGGACUAUUGUCUAAAUUCAAAAGAAUCGAGCCUGUUAACAUUUCUAAUCGGCGGUAUUAUUGGUCAAUAUUGUUGCUGCAACGGCGACACGUGGUCAUCCGAACUCGGGAUUCUCAGCGACGAUCAACCCCGUUUAAUUACCACCUUCAAGCCGGUUCGAAAGGGCACAAACGGGGGUGUGACGAAGGCAGGGCUUGUAGCAGCUGCAGCAGGGGGGAGUGUUAUCGGAGUGACAUUUGUCGCGUUAGGAUUCGUCACGACAAACUGCAGUUCCGAUAUCGCUUUAAAGCAGCUACUGCUAAUACCGAUUUCAGCUCUAUCUGGAUUGUGCGGGAGUGUUAUAGAUUCUUUACUUGGAGCCACCCUCCAAUACAGUGGCUUCUGCAGCGUCCGAAAUAAGGUUGUCGGGAAACCAGGGCCGACUGUGAAGAGAAUAUCUGGUCUGAGUAUACUCGACAACAAUGGAGUGAACCUCGUCUCGGUAUUAUUGACAACUGUGCUUACUUCAUUUGCUUGCUCAUAUAUUUUCUAAAGGCAAAACUUGUGCUUGUGUUGUAAUUUUGUACUAGUGGAUGAAAUAAUAUUAGGACAGACCAUCUAUUUAAUGAAAAAUAAAUUGCAGAAAAUAUA